CAAAAACGUGCUCAUUCCCACGCAGCCGCAUACAAAAUAGCGCCCCGGAGCGGCCUCCUUGAGAGCCACAUCUACAGCAGCGGAACGAGGCCUCGCCGAAGGUCUGGUUGCCCAAGAGAUGACCGUGAUCGAAAAACUACACCGCUGCACCUUGACGAUGCGAAAGGAAAGAAAGCCCAGCCAAAAACAGUCGGAAGCGUUUAAUCGAAAGCCCAGAGCCUCAGUCCCGCCCGUGGAACGGCCAAACGCGAAACGCGAAAACAGCGCCUGCGAAACGUGAGAAUAUGACGAAUUCGGAAUGCCCUUGAUCCCGCAAAAAGAAACAUCACCCGACCGAGGGAAAUACUAUUCAAAACCCAGAUCAUUAGCUCCAGACGAUGCGGCCGUAAUGCAGUCACAGUCGGAGAAGCGGAGCGUCCCUUCGAAGUGGAACACAGCCAACGAGAUGGUUGCCAGAUACGGUUUAGCCGCCGUCGUGGAGAAGUGUGGUUUCGUCCCCAAGAGCCGCAGUAACAAGACAGACCCAACAGUCUCUUACGAAAUCCAUCACGGGUCAUUACGUUUCCUCCCCGCCCAAUCCCCUCCUCAAGGGUAAGAAGAGGAAAAUAAAAGGAAGAGAGAGACCAAGGCUGGCCGCCCUUCUUCUUCUCGGGCUCGGUCCACGGAACAGCGAGAAGACGACGUGGUGGUCGUCACCUAAGAGGCCCGUCCGAAGUGAGACAAGCGACUCGCGGCGAGGGGAGUAGAAGUGCGCGAACAUGGCCACGCAACGGCGGACACGAGCGGAGACGCCGGCGGAGAAAGAUCUGGCUCCAAAGGACGGCCCAUCUGAUAUUCGGCCGGCGGUGCCCACAGAGGUUAUCGUGAAGCUGCUGGGAUUCACGUUCGCCAUGAUCGUCCUGCCGAUAGGCAGCUACUUCGCCACCGUAAACACCGUCUUCAAAGGGAACUCGACGUUCGCGGGCGCGCUGGCUGCCGUUGUGGCCAACGUCGUGCUAAUAGGCUAUGUCAUUGUUGCCGUCAGGGAGGACCAGUCCGAGUCGACCGGGUUGGCGGCCAAGAAAGGCAAGAAAGCAGAGUGACUUGACGCUCGUUUGGGAGCGUUCGCGACUUACUACGUUGAAAUGGUCGGGCGUUUGGUGGUCUCGCGAGUAAAGAACUCACACGCAGGUUUCGCUUAUUGGGGAAGAAUUGGUCGAGAACCUGAAAUAAAACAAUAGUACGAAUUUAAUACCUUCACCUCUCUUUCUUCUUUCGGGGUGGAAUAUGUACAAUGCCAAAUGAACACCAAGUCGCUUCCCG